CAUUCUGUGCCAAGAAACGUCUGAAUUAACGAUGUUUCAGAGGACCAAGAAAUUCUUCAAAAGAAGUAUUCAGACCGUCAAGUCUUACUUUUCUGAAGGCUACCAAAAGCUUCCGAAAACACCAUCUUACAAUGGACACCACAACACGGGGUUCAGUCUGGAGAGCAUUUACACUGAAUUCGUCGACCAGUGGGAGGCUGCAGACCGUGUUAUGGGGACUGCGUGGGAAAAGAAUGCAAAUACCCUGAAGAGCAAUAAACCAUCCAUGUUGAUCGAUCACCAUAAGGUCACUAGAAGGAAGCAACAAAAACACGAAGAAGUGUCGUCAAGAGAACAAGAGGAAAAGAGGGGUUUGAUGACGAGAAGAUUGAAGGAACUGGAAGUCAUGGAUAGGGAUAACGUAGAUCAUGUUCUUGACGUUCAAGAAAUUAUGCAUUAUUAUUCUCGGUUAACAUGUCCAGCUUAUUGCGAGAUGGUCGAGAAAUUUUUCUCGGAGAUGUACUCAGAGAUCUUUAAUCCAAGAAGAACACCCGUUCGAGUUUAG